CAAGUUUAUAUUAAUUCUAACGUAUUAUGAGCCGUCUUUAUACACUAGAAGAUGAAUAGUUAGAUUAUGGCUUAGAUUAUGAAAGUGUCUUAGUAGUUAAAGAGUAUGAUUAAAAAAGAAAAGAGUAAGGAAAUGAAAAAGAUCUACAAUAAUUUUUAAGUCUUCAAUUUUAUAGCAGACAUCAAUAAUAAUAAAAAUCAACAGCCAAUUUAAAAAGCAUAUAAAGAUUAAUAACAGAGCAAAAGGAGAACAAUAAAAAGUAAAAAGAGAAUAAGCCUAUUAAUUACAAAAUAAAGACUCCAUCUUUAAAACCAUAUUAAAGUUCAAUUGUUACUCCUAAAUGUUUAACAAAAACACCUUCACUUGCAAAAACAUUAAAAUCAACAAUUACUAUUACACCGUUAAAUUUUAAGGAUUCCUUAUAGAAAAUUAAAUAGUUAGUUUCUAAAUAACAGCAAAAACAUUAGUUAGACUUUAGCAAAUUUAAAAAGUCAAUAUAUUGA